CCCACACACACACAUAGAUCCAGUCCCUGUACAGGCAUACUUACAACACACACAUCCAGGUGUGGCUCCCAACCACACACACUCGUACACACGCAUGCCGCUGGCGCUGGGCUCUAAGGGCUGUAGUCCAGAGGGAACCGCUCGGCAGGUGAUGACUGUUCAGUACCUCCUUGGAGAGUUGAAGGCUCUGCUCGCUGGCCAAGACAGUGUAGCAGAGCGUCUGAUGUGUGAGCUGGAGCAGACAGUGUCUCUACUUCCUGUCAUGGUGGGCAGUUCUAACAUCCAGGCUGAGAUUGCUCUGGUCCUGCAACCUCUACGCAGUGAGAACGCACUGCUACGCAGGCGUCUGAGGAUAGUGAACCAACAGUUGCAGGAGAGAGAGCGAGCAGAGAGGGAGGCCAGAGAUGUCCACUGUGACACUGACGUGUCGGCUCUGCAGUCGGAGCUCCACGAUGCUCACACAAGCCUGCAAGAGCUGCAGCGUGGCAACACUGAGCUACGGCAAGCCCUGGUGGACACACAGAGCCAGCUGCAGCAGAGUGAGGCGGAGUGCAGUCGUAUCAAUAAAGGUAAUAGAUGA